CUAACAUAUUUUGGUGAGAAUGUCUCGACUGGUAUCCAGUCAUCUGCCACAGUAGUGGAGAUUGGGCAUACUCCUACACCUAGUAGAGCCUUGCCUACACUGUCUUCAUCAGAGGUGACUGGGGGACCCACAACAGAUGUACCAUCAUCAGAAUUGGCUGUACAACACACUAAUUCGAGCUCUAUGUCUUCUACAUCAUUGACUGUAUCGUCAAACCCAGUAGCCAUCCAGUCACUGAGCGCGUCGCAAUCAACCAGCAGGAAUUUGGUAACUCAAACAACUGAGUCUGUGUCAUCAUCUACAGCAAUACAAUCACGUGAAGAAAAGAUUACAUCAUUGAUCACUGAACAAAUGACAUCACCCGUUGUCCAACCUACCACUACACAUCACUCUUCUACCACCACAAUAUCAUCGGCUACCACAAUCUCACCACUCUCCAAAGUGACCACAUCAACCACUGCCCCCACUCCAUCUCCAUGCAAUCCUUUCUACAGUUACACCCCACCACCGAACAGCAUUGUCAGCAUCAUCCUGGCCGUAACACCACUGGAACUGUCCAAGAUUAGAGAGUCGGGCUCUGCUGAGAGAUGCCAGCUGCUAGAAGCACUUGUCACUGUGUUCAAGGAUGGGUUGAUGAGCAAGGAAAGAAGUGUGAGAGAAAGCCGAGUGAAUACCAGGAGUAAAGUGCAUUUGAACAAGCGUCAGGUACUACCAGAGCCGGAAUAUACAGCAGUGAUAACAGUUAUUGCAGAGGAUGAUAGUUUUGGUGAUAAUUUGGUGGAUGUCAGGUUUUUCAUCCUGGAUACAUCAGCUCCCACUCACCUUUAGCUGUGAAUUCUACCACUGUCACAGAAGCCUAUUUACUAGCCAGCGUCCAAGAAAUCAGUGGGUUCACUAUUGUAAGGCAAGCAGAGCCGAGUGAGGAUCUCCAAGUUGAAGAUUAUUCGCCUCCUACAGAUGCUAGUGGUCUGUCUAGCAGAGUUGUUGUUGGUUUGAUAUCAGGGGCAGCAGUUCUGGCUGCACUAGCAGUGAUUUUAGUGCUGGUUGCUCUGAAGGUAAUCUGGAGGCGACAUCACCAAAAGAUAUUCAAGCUUGAGGGCUCACUAGGAACAGCUCGGAUCUCCCUGGUUAACCGGACACUUGUUCCAACCGCUUCAUUUGAGUAUGAGUCCCGGCCUAUUGUUCAGCAGCAGGGGUCUGGGUUAUCCUCACACGUGACAACUCCUGGGUCUUCACAUGAGAACUUAGAGUGUACGUUGAGCUCCUCUGAAGAGGCAGAACCACAGAGUGUCACCAGCAUCACUCGCCUGGCACAAACACACCAACAGAUGAAGGCGUUGGACUCUAGACCUGGAAGCAGUGAGCAAGGUGUAACAACCCUGACUCACCUUGCACGCAGUCUGUCCAGUGGAGAGAGGGAGAGUACAGAAAAAUAUACCAAUGGGGGAUUUACAAUCUGAAAUGAUGGAGAGCGUUGCUCAUUACAACUCCCGUCAACUCACACGGAGAUCUUACCUCCCUCCCCUGAAGCCUCGUUUCCACUACACCACGUCUGACCCCCAGCCACCCCUGCCACAAGCACGGGACCAUUCUCCAGUGACUCCUCCUCACUCACCCUCCCCUACCUCCACCUUCCACAGAGUUCCAACUCCUCCUGAUGUCACACCAACCAAAACUGAGACUGGCCAGGAGACCACUACACCAAAGAAGAAGAAGAGGAGAAGGCGACAUCGUUCAACAAUACCUGGGAGCAGAGGUGAUGAGGCACUGGUGGGACUGCUGAUAGAGGAACCGGAGACCAAAAUAGAUGAUCCAGAGCAAGAGCUAUGGCUACGUCGAAGGGCCACAAUGGAGUAUCACAAGUACAUCUCUGGAGAAGAAAGUAGCUUCCACCCAUCAUUUCUCUCCUACAAGAACCAGCCACUGCUACCUCCUAGCUCUCCUGGUCUCCCUCUGCUAGUUCAGCAUUCGCCACAACCUGACCACAUGGACUACACAGUAGGUCAUGAGCAACAGUCUCCAGAGGGGACACCUGGGACUAAAGGUGAGACUCUGAUAAUGGAAGAGGUUGAAGGCUCAGAGAAAUCUGAUACAAGUUUGCCAAACUCUGAGGCAAAUGUCCCGCACAAUGAAGACUACGUUGAGCCAGAUGCUUUGCCUCCAGUGGAAAGUGAGAAAGGAACUAAAGGGAGGACAAAAGAGCAGAAAUGGUAUGGGCGACAGCAACGUAUUUUCCAACGUAACAAAGUGGCGCCUUUGAUGACUUAUUCAACUCCAUUCUCAUCGUCAGUUCCUCCUCACGUUUUGGGGGCUGACCUAGCAUGGAUGGACACAGUGAAUGGACUUCAGCUAAUAAGUCUUAAGCCAGUCCAAUUAUCCAGACCACACCUUCAGCGGCCUCCUCAAUACGUUCUCCCGCCACCUCAAGUUUCAUCGUCUCCCCUGCAUUAUCACCCAUACCCCUCACAUACCCACUUGCAGUCCCCCCCUCGUGUACCUCUGACACACCACUCAAUGACAAGACAGCAACAAGUGGGCAAACAACAAGCAAUGUUUAGGCAGGAGAGCAGUGGUAGUGGCAGUGAAGAAAUUGAUGGACCAGAGAGUGUAAAUGGAGCGGAACAAGAUUUCACUCAAUGCACGAAGGAGGAGGAAAUUAGUACAGCGCCGCAUGAUGCAUCUCUUACAGCACCAAAGGCUUUGACAACUGACAAAAGCGUCAUCCAUAAAAUGAUAGGAGAGGCAUUCAGUACUUCGGCUAUCCAAAAGACUUCAACUCCUGCCCAGGAAGACAGAGUGGAUGUGAACAAAGACAGGAGAAAUGCAUUUUCUCAGAUUUCAGCUCACAAGACUCAUCAAGUCAUCACAGCGCCAGUUCAGCCGAUACGUGCAGCUACCUUUCCUGGGAAUGUUCAGCUAGUAUGGCCCUAUCCUGCACCGCAAGUACUCCAACCUUCCACGAUGUCUCCCCACCAGAACUACUGCAACUACCAUCCAAUCUACAACUACCAACCUCAUACUCAAGUAUAAUAGCUAAGUUACGAACAUGAUAUUGAGCCCUAUGCACUCGACAAUUUUGCAAGCAUAAAUAAACAUACAUUGGUUCAAACACCACGCACAAUGGACUUGCCUAUAUUUUGCUCACAAAAAUUAAACUAAACUCUCCAUUUCGUAGGAUUAUCACUUGUAUGGAGCCCCAAUCCAACCCUCUACUACAUCUACACCUCGUUACAAGAAACAGAAGUUUGAACAACACUAGCUUUAUGGAGAUUCACUACUCUGGUGUUAUUAAUUUUUGUACUCUAUUGUGUU